CUUCAUGAAACGGAACAACUUUCGCUGUAGUGUUGACAUUGGGCGCUUUCAGAGUUUCUUAUCAUGGCGUCGGUGUCUUCAAACACCAUAAAGCAAGUGAUGCGAGUCUUAGCAGAAUGUUCAGGCUUUGACAAAGUCAUGAACAAGGUGGAUCUCCUUGCUGCCACGCCGGGCAAAGUGGUGUGCCAGAUGCGGGUGGAAGAGGAGCACACCAACCGGUUAGGGACGAUGCACGGCGGCCUGACAGCAACCCUGGUAGACAUCAUCUCCACCCUGGCCAUCAUGCACAGUGAGAGGGGAGCACCGGGUGUCAGCGUCGACAUGAAUAUUACAUACAUGAACGCGGCCAAGGUUGGGGAAGAUGUUCUCAUUACCGCUCAGGUUCUAAAGCAAGGCCGCUCGCUGGCCUUUGCCACUGUUGAUUUAACCAACAAGGCCACAGGGAAGCUCAUCGCGCAAGGAAGACACACCAAACACCUCGGCAGCAGCUGAACACUCCCUUACAUCAAGUAAACAAUCUUGUAAAUAUUAACUAACGUCAGCCAGUCACACAAAUGUAACAACAAUAAAAAAAGACAUGGA